GAGGUGCAUGAGAAUUUGUGAGGGGCUUACGACCAGCCAAACCUGGGGUUUUAGCUGGCUUAGUGUAAGAGUCUCAUGACUUUCUCCAUCAUUUCAUACCAUCUCUGUUUUUGAAUUCAGGGACUAUGGAUAAAAACACAUUUUUGCACAAGAGGAAGAAAAGAAAGGAAGUGUUAUUUUAUAUCGCCUUAGUGCUACUCCUCAUAUACAGUGCGGUCCACUUAAUAUUCAAAGUUGCAGCAACUUCUCGAGAGCUUAGUUCCCCUAGAAUUCGCCGGGAUUUGGAAAAUGAAACGCAAUGCGUACAACCACAAUCUUCGGAAUUUCCAGAAGGGUUCUUCACCAAACAGGAAAGGAAGGACGGCGGGAUUAUUAUAUAUUUUAUUAUUAUUUUUUACAUGUUUCUGGCUGUGUCGAUUGUCUGCGAUGAUUACUUCCUGCCGUCUCUCGAGCUUAUCAGUGAACGUCUCGGACUUUCUCAAGACGUCGCGGGUGCAACUUUUAUGGCUGCGGGCAGCUCAGCACCAGAGCUGGUCACCGCAUUUUUAGGAGUGUUUGUCACAAAGGGAGACAUUGGGAUCAGCACUAUAGUGGGUUCUGCAGUCUACAACCUUCUUGGUAUUUGUGCAGCCUGUGGUCUCCUUACCUCUGUGGUUGGACGGCUUACCUGCUGGCCUUUGUUCCGAGACUGCAUUGCAUAUGCGAUAAGCGUUGCGGCUGUGAUUGCCAUUAUCUCAGAUAACAAGGUGUACUGGUAUGACGCAGCAUGCCUGUUGCUGGUGUACGGGGUGUACAUAGUCGUGCUGUGCUUCGACUUUCGCAUCAACGGCUACAUGAUGCGCAAGUUCAGCCCCUGCUGUGGCUGUCUGACGAAGUCCAUGGAGGACAGCGGAGAGCAGCAGCCCCUGAUUGGCUGGAAUGAGCAGAACAGCAUGCUGACACACCAGCGCUCUAGGACCGACAGCGGAAUAUUUCAGGACGACUCAGGCUACUCCCACCUCUCCCUCAGCCUGCACGGACUCAACGAGAUUGCAGAGGAUCAUCGUAGUGUCUUCGCCAUGCCAGAGAACGACCUGAAGAGAAUCCUGUGGGUGCUGUCGCUGCCAACCAUCCUGCUCCUGUACCUGACCGUGCCAGACUGCCGAAGAAGGUUCUGGAAGCGCUGCUUCAUGCUGACAUUCUUUAUGUCUGCACUGUGGAUCUCAGCUUUCACCUACAUACUGGUCUGGAUGGUCACUGUAGUGGGAGAAACGCUGGGAGUUCCGGACACGGUGAUGGGCCUGACACUCUUGGCAGCCGGCACCAGCAUCCCCGACACAGUGGCUAGCGUGAUGGUGGCAAGAGAAGGCAAGGCAGACAUGGCGAUGUCCAACAUAGUGGGGUCCAACGUGUUCGACAUGCUGUGCCUGGGGCUUCCCUGGUUCAUAAAGACUGUGUUUGUGGACACGUCAUCCCCUGUGGAGGUGAACAGCACGGGGUUGAUCUACACCGCCUGCACCCUCCUCCUCUCCAUCGUCUUCCUCUUCGUGGCCGUGCACCUGAACGGGUGGAGGCUGGACUGGAAGCUGGGCGUGUCGAGCCUGGUCCUCUACCUGCUCUUCGCCACCCUGUCCAUCCUGUACGAGCUGGGGAUCAUCGGCAACAACCCCAUACGGGCCUGCGGCGACUAA